UUAGUGCAAGUGAAGAGCUGGGUAGUGGGUAUCAUACUCCAGAUCGUUUAUUACACACUAGUGACACUACACAGAAAGUAGUGGCAAUGGCAGCUGUUGGCGAGCAAUUAACGCUAGCGAGAGAUGUGAAGAGAGCUAUUGAGCUUCUUGAAAAACUGGAAAAGAGUGGAGAAGUGCCAGCUACAAAACUUGCUGCACUACAUAAGGUACUCCAGAGUGAUUUUCUCAAUGCUGUCAGGGAAGUCUAUGAGCAUGUUUAUGAGACAGUAGAUAUUCAAGGAUCACAGGAUAUACGGGCCUCUGCAACAGCUAAGGCAACUGUAGCAGCUUUUGCUGCUAGUGAAGGACAUGCCCAUCCUAGAGUAGUAGAAUUACCUAAAACAGAAGAAGGGCUUGGCUUUAAUGUUAUGGGUGGAAAAGAACAAAACUCUCCUAUAUACAUAUCCCGCAUAAUUCCCGGAGGUGUAGCAGAUCGUCAUGGAGGCCUGAAGAGAGGAGAUCAGCUACUUUCUGUGAAUGGUGUUAGUGUGGAGGGUGAGAACCAUGAGAAAGCAGUAGAAUUGCUUAAGCAAGCACAGGGCUCUGUGAAACUGGUUGUGAGGUACACACCAAAGGUACUGGAAGAGAUGGAGAUGCGUUUUGAUAAGCAGAGAGCAGCACGUCGGCGUCAGUUCCAGUAAAUGUACACAAUGAUUUAAGUAUAAGAGAACAAAUUAAAAUGCAUUUUUUGUUUGAUAUGGCAAUCAGUUUUAAGCAUUGAUAAAUUCAUACUGAAUGUUUCAACCUCUUUCUGGGAACCAGGGUAGCUUCAGUACAACAGCGAAUAUUAAUACUAAUUAAAUUAUAGAAAAAGAAAAAUUAGUCCUUGCAUGAAGAGACUGUGUUAUGUACAAAAGCCUGAUACCAAAACGUUUGCCAUGAACUUCACAUCCUAAACAUGUAUUAUUACUCUUUUUAUUUGUGAUAAUCUCACAGUGGAUGAAGAUCAAGAGGUCAUUUAUUAGAUGUGACUGAGUGUACAUGAUGUAAGUGUAUACACAUGCUUAUUAAAAAUUUAUGGUUUGAUUACAUGAAGCCACAUUAAAAAUCACUGUUCAAAUUAAGAUAAUUGUUCCAAUAUUGGCAGCAGAAUGAUUAAGUAUUUAUAAAUGUUUAGGUCAAUUAACAGAAGACAGUGAUAAAAGCUGUAGCCCCAGGUGUAGCCAUUAUUCAGUUUAUACAUAUUCAAGCUAUUUUCUAGGCAGCCAUUCCUCAGUAUUACUGUUUUGCACAAUGAAUGCGUGGUAACUUCUUUAUGUUAGCUGUGCUUCUGUUGGCACUGUAUAGUUAUUUAAUUUGUAAUUGAUACUUGCAAACAGAAAGUCAUUUAAUAUUGAUGCAAGAUCUCAUUCUUUGCUGCCUCAUAUUUUCCAGAAGAUAGGUUAUGCCACUUACGCUGAAAAUGAACCAUAUCAUGAUUUCAGUAUAUAUACUAAGAUGGUAUCUGUUCUUUCGGACAUGUCCGAAAGAACAGAUACCUUGACGAUCUUCUUCUUCUGUGCGAAUGCACAAACAGUGCCCAAACUCUUAAGGGAAUCGGCAACACGCCGCGAGUAAUGAGUAUAAUGGGCGGGGGCACUACGAAUGUAGUGGAGGACAAUACGUUGAGAAUGUGGGUUUCGCGGGAGGCGUGCCAGAGAUAAAUCCCUGCAGUCAUGCACUAUCCUCUGUGUCCUCAGUGCUCAGAUGGAUAGAGCGUCUGCCAUGUAAGCAGGAGAUCCCGUGUUCAAGUCCCGGUCGGGGCACACAUUUUCAUCUGGCCCCGUUGACGUAUGUAAGCAGCUAAGGGUGUUCAUUGCAUUUUAAUUUCAUGAUUUCAGUAUUUUUUAAAUGUGUUCAGUUAUACAUUUUCAGUAGGAGCAGAUGACGACAACGACGACGACGAUGAUGAUGAUGAUGAUGAUGAUGAUGAUGAUCCAUGGAAUGGCUACAAAUUCCUGGAUAUGUUUAAUUUCCAUUCAGCUAUCUGAUUCUUAUUUUAUUUUUAGCAGUCAACCCAUUUCAUUUCAGACUGUUAAGGUCUUUGUACAAUUCAAUAUUUUGCAUUUUUGAAUAUUCGUUCAUAAUGAUAUUUGUUCCAUAUUUGAGACAGACAUACUCACAAUUUUGCCAAAUCAGUUUCUAUGCUUGUUGAACAGCUGGAAGAUAAUGUAGCUGUAAGUGGACACAGGUCAAGUUGCACACAUCUGUGCAUAAUAGAGUAUUACUGUUUUUACAAGAUAUUAAUACUGUUUUUUAAAUAUGUUUUGUUACCUAUAACUGUUAAAAUAUCUAUAAAAAUUUUCUUUGUAAACUUUGUGUGU